CGGCAAUGGAUUCCAUGCCGUCAAUGGGUUUGCCUUAUAGCCUUCCGUUCUCUACCGUAGAUGUUUACACAAGACGGGUGACCUUGCUACCUCUUACACUGUCUCUCCUCUCGACUACAUUUGGCUGUCCGCUCUUAUUAUUGCCGAGAACACGUGUGCUACGUGUGCUACUUUACAUAGACUCCACAUUCCGAGAAUGUCGGGGAGAGACCACGAGCAGGCGUCGCUAGACGAGAAAAUCGACGAAUCACGGAAGACCUCACACUCUCCGGGCGAUGCUACCGACUCUGCCGCCGAGCUGGAGCGGAACCAGACGACACUCAGUGGCGGCUUGCUGCUGAAUGAAGAUGAAGUGCUUGCCAGGGCCCGUGACAUGUCAAGGACGGGCGCAAACGUGCCGCUUUUCGUGACCUUCCACAAGCAUGAUAAGGAGAAUCCACGUAAUUUCCCCCCGUGGAAAAAAUGGUACAUUACCUGCUUCGCCUCGUUUCUCAACAUCAUUACCUGCCUUUGCGCCGGUGGCAUCAGCAGCGCCUCGUCGGACAUUGCUGAGACGUUUAACGUCUCCGCCGAAGUCACCACGCUUGGUCUGUCAAUGUACAUCUUGGGCUUCGCAUUGGGACCUAUGCUCCUUGCUCCACUUAGCGAGUACUUCGGACGUAGUCCCGUCUAUAUUGUUUCUUGGUGCAUUCUUGUCAUCUUCCAGAUACCAUUGGCUUUGGCGCCGAACAUCGCAACUGUCAUCGUGUGUCGCCUGAUCCAAGGGUUUGGCGGCAGCGCGCCUCUCACAAACACCGGAGGUACCGUAAGCGACCUGUGGGCGCGCAACGAGAGCGGGAAUGCAAUGAUGGUGUACGGCUUCUCGUCUACCUUCGGCCCGCCUUUCGCCCUCGUCGUUUCCGGCUAUCUCGUCCUGCGCCUUGGAUGGAGGUGGUUAUUUUGGUUCGACAUGAUUGUGACAGGAGCCCUCCUGGUUCUCAUGGUGGUCACACUACCCGAAACAAGGCACAGUAUCAUCCUGGAACGCAAAGCCACGCGGGUACGGAAGACUUUGGCUAAGGAGGGCAAUAUCAGCCCCGAGGUUUUGGACAGCAUAAGUGAUGCGUCCAAUAAAGGCAACAAACGCAGCCUCCACACUCUCUUCGCCAUUAAUUUGACCCGCCCAGUCCGCUUCCUGUUCAGCGAACCCAUCACUAUGGGCGCUGCGGCGUACAACGGCUUAAUCUAUGGGAUCGUAUACCUAUUCAACGAGGCGUUUCCGCUGGUGUUCGGACCAGGAGGGCACGGGUUCAAUACUGGGCAAUGGGGCCUAACAUUUCUGGGUCUCUGCAUCGGCUCGCUCCUCGCUGCCUGCUGUCAUCCUUUGCAGGAACGGUACUACCUCCGUCGUGUGGCGCAGAACGAAGGAAAGGGUGUGCCCGAGGCGCGAAUGGGUCAAGCGCGGUUUGGCGCCCUCUUACUACCCAUUUCGCUGUUUUGGUUUGCGUGGACGAGCUUUACGUGGGUGCACUGGGUUGUGCCCAUCAUCGCCAGUGCCUUCUUCGGAGCUGGCAUCUACGUUGUCAUCCUGGCUAUCCUCAAUUAUGUCGUCGACGCGUAUCAGACCUAUUCCGCUUCCGCUCUGGCGGGAGUCAUUCUCGUCCGCAACCUUGUCGGCGCUGGCUUCCCUUUGUUUGGGAGGCAGAUGUACACCAAGCUGGGCAAUGAAUGGGCGAGCACACUGUUAGCAUUUCUUAGUCUGCUCUUCGUCCCGAUCCCGAUAUGGUGGUUCUACCGAGGCGAACAGCUAAGGCUGAAGAGCCCGUGGGCAAGAGAGCACUUCGGGCAGGACGAAGAUGCGCCACACUAGAUAGUAUCUUAGUACGCUUCACGAUCCUCUUUUACAACGAUAACCAGAGUACG